CAAGCUCCUUUCCCAGUGCUUGCUUCUGACAAAUAUAGAGAGGCAAUUCUGGGUCAGGAAACUUCUCUGCUUGGCUUCCCUCAGUUCCAACAUUCAGAGGUUAACCUCUUCCAGGCUGAACAAAUCCACAUUUUCCAGCAAGCUCAUUCCUUUCUAAAGUCAAACAGUAAUUUGCCAGGCGGCACGUCCUAUUUUUAGCCUUCAAAUAUUCCCGCUGCCUCCCAAGUAGUUAUUUGACUAGGGUGAAGAAAGACUCCCAAAUGGACGGGCUCUUCCGUGCUCGACCAGCAGGUCAGGUGGCUUCCCCAACAUCGCCACGCCGCCUAAACCAAGGCGGACUCUCCUAAGCAAUUUCCAAAAAGGCUAAUUUAAGCUCUCCCGGAGGUCCUUGCCAAACGCAAAGGACUCGGGCUGGCUGCUGCCGAAGGGAAGGCAACUUCGACUGACAUGUCAAGGAGAUUCCCCCAACCCCCCGUCGCCUCCCCACCCCGCAGAUUCUGGCAACAAUCUACCACGGGAUGCAAUGAGACCGCGCUAAAAACCGGGAAGGAUCUGUAUCGGGGGAGUUAAGAAGGAACGCCCUCCCCCGCCCCCGCGGAAAGAUUCUUAACCUGAACAGAAGACCUUUGCUCCUGUGCUGUGGAUGUUAAGCCUUGUGUAUGGCGCGGUUAAAGUUACAACCUGUCACCUCAGCCUUCCUCCGGUUUGGGCUUUUUACUUUUGUCCUUUUUUUACAUGGUCUACAAGUAGAUGCUGGCACAGGGACAGAUUCACCAAACAUAGGACAUAACACCUCAUGCUCCGGUUCUUCAGAGUGCAAGGAGGGUGUUAUCCUGCCAAUAUGGUACCCAGAAAACCCAUCCUUGGGGGACAAAAUUGCCAGAGUUAUUGUUUAUUUUGUGGCACUCAUAUAUAUGUUUCUUGGAGUUUCUAUCAUUGCCGACCGUUUCAUGGCUUCCAUAGAAGUCAUUACAUCCCAAGAGAAAGAGAUUACAGUCAGGAAACCCAACGGAGAAGCCAUCACCACCACCAUCCGAAUAUGGAAUGAAACCGUUUCCAAUUUGACCCUCAUGGCUCUUGGUUCCUCUGCUCCGGAGAUCCUUUUGUCAUUGAUAGAGGUAUGUGGUCAUGGAUUCAUUGCUGGUGAGCUGGGCCCUUCUACCAUCGUUGGUAGUGCAGCUUUCAAUAUGUUUAUCAUCAUAGCCAUCUGUGUCUAUGUCAUUCCUGAUGGGGAGACGAGGAAGAUAAAACAUUUGAGGGUUUUCUUUGUCACGGCUGCCUGGAGCAUCUUUGCCUAUAUCUGGUUAUACAUGAUCCUUGCGGUCUUUUCUCCAGGUGUGGUUCAGGUAUGGGAAGGCUUGCUCACUCUGUUUUUCUUCCCUGUUUGUGUCAUCCUGGCUUGGAUUGCAGACAGAAGGCUGUUUCUCUAUAAAUAUAUGCACAAAAAGUACCGUACUGACAAACACAGGGGUAUUAUCAUUGAGACAGAAGGGGAUCACCCCAAAGGGAUUGAAAUGGAUGGUAAGAUGAUGAACUCCCAUUUUUUAGAUGGAAACCUAGUGCCUAUGGAGGGAAAAGAGGUGGAUGAGUCUCGCAAAGAGAUGAUCCGGAUCCUCAAGGACCUGAAACAAAAGCACCCAGAAAAAGACUUAGAUCAGCUGGUAGAAAUGGCCAACUACUAUGCUUUAUCCCACCAGCAAAAAAGCAGAGCGUUCUAUCGGAUUCAAGCUACCAGGAUGAUGACUGGAGCAGGAAAUAUUCUCAAAAAGCAUGCAGCUGAUCAAGCCAAGAGGAGUACUAGCUUGCAUGAAGUACGGCCAGAGGAGCCAGAAGAAUUCAUCUCCAAAAUUUAUUUUGAUCCUUGCUCCUAUCAGUGUCUUGAGAACUGUGGUGCUGUCCUCCUAACUGUUGUCCGGAAAGGAGGUGAUGUCUCCAAGACCAUCUAUGUGGAUUACAAAACAGAAGAUGGCUCUGCUAAUGCUGGGGCUGACUACGAAUUUACAGAAGGGACAGUUGUUUUAAAGUCUGGAGAGACCCAGAAAGAGUUCUCCAUAGGGAUCAUUGAUGAUGAUAUCUUUGAAGAGGAUGAGCACUUUUUUGUGCGUCUUAGCAACCUACGGGUGAUUGAUGCAGAGGAACCUCCUGAACUCAACAAACUGCCAUAUCCCAAGGCCAUACUGGUCUCACCUUGUGUGGCCACUGUGACUAUCUUAGAUGAUGACCAUGCAGGCAUCUUCACCUUCGAGUGUGAUGUGAUACAUAUCAGUGAGAGCAUUGGGGUGAUGGAGGUGAAAGUUCUUAGAACAUCUGGUGCACGGGGUACAGUCAUAGUCCCCUUUAGAACAGUUGAAGGAACAGCAAAAGGAGGUGGAGAGGAUUUUGAAGACAGUUAUGGAGAAUUGGAAUUCAAGAAUGAUGAAACUGUCAAAACUAUUCACAUCAAGGUAAUUGAUGAUGAGGAGUAUGAAAAAAACAAGACUUUCUUCAUUGAGCUGAUGGGUCCUCGAAUGAUGGAUAUGAGUUUACAGAAAGAUCAGCUCCAACUGAUAUGUCCUAGAAAGCAAGUGAAAGACCACCAAGACAGUGGCAGAAGCAGGCUGCAUGUGAGAAGGAAGACCAUAAGGGUUAAAAUAGUAGAUGAGGAGGAAUACGAAAGGCAGGAGACUUUCUUCAUUGUCCUUGGUGAACCGAAAUGGAUGGAACGAGGAAUAUCAGCGCUUCUCUUGACUCAAGAGGUGGCAGAAAGAAAACUGACCAUAGAGGAAGAGGAAGCAAAGCGUAUUGCAGAAAUGGGAAAGCCAAUACUUGGUGAACAUCCAAAACUGGAGGUCAUCAUUGAAGAGUCCUAUGAGUUCAAGAGUACAGUGGACAAGCUCAUCAAGAAGACAAACUUGGCAUUGGUUGUAGGAACUCAUUCAUGGAGAGACCAGUUCAUAGAAGCCAUCACUGUCAGUGCAGCAGGCGAGGAGGAGGAGGAUGAGUCUGGUGAGGAGCGCCUGCCCUCCUGCUUUGAUUACGUCAUGCAUUUCCUGACUGUCUUCUGGAAAGUGCUCUUUGCCUGCGUGCCCCCAACAGAGUAUGGCAAUGGCUGGGCCUGCUUCAUUGUGUCCAUCCUGAUCAUUGGCAUGCUCACUGCCAUCAUUGGCGAUCUGGCCUCCCACUUCGGCUGCACAAUUGGCCUCAAGGAUUCGGUGACUGCCGUGGUCUUUGUGGCUUUUGGCACUUCAGUCCCAGAUACUUUUGCUAGCAAAGCAGCCGCUGUUCAAGACAUUCAUGCAGAUGCUUCCAUUGGCAACGUCACAGGCAGCAACGCAGUCAACGUCUUCUUGGGCAUUGGACUGGCAUGGUCAGUAGCUGCCAUCUACUGGGCUUCUCAAGGAGAGGAGUUCCACGUGUCAGCUGGCACUCUUGCCUUCUCUGUGACACUGUUCACCAUUUUUGCUUUUGUCUGUAUCAGCGUGCUAUUGUACCGAAGACGGCCUCAUUUUGGAGGAGAACUAGGAGGCCCCAAAGGGUGCAGACUUGCCACAACUUUGCUUUUUGUGAGCCUGUGGCUAUUGUACAUUUUAUUUGCUACCCUGGAGGCCUAUUGCUACAUCAAGGGGUUCUAAGUCAUGGAGAGAUUUCAAGCCAGAAAGGAGGCCCUCUCCUCCUCUGAUACCUCAUUGAACACUAGUCCUAAGAGUGUUGUCUAACCAGGAGUGGCCGCUCACUAUCAAUUUUCCAGAACUGCCCAGGUUAAAGGAUGGCCGGGCUUCAAGAAGGGCAAAAUUAUCAUCAUAAAAAGUCAAGACAGAGAUUAAAAUAAAGCCAACAGCAUCAAUCAUUCAGUCAAAUCGGAAACAUCAGCAGUUCCUAAAGUACCCAUUUGUUGAAUUCUUCUGUAAGACUCCACAAUGUUCAUUCCUCCACUUUACGAAAUAUCAUAUAUUCAGAUAACGAUCUUAUAAAGCAUUGGGGUGGGUGUUUUUUUUUUAAUUUGGGGUGGGUGAAUCUUACCUGAUCUAUUUUCCUUUUUUAACACAAAGAAAGGGGCUGGGGAAAAAAUUACAGGUUCAACUUUCAUGCCACAUCAGAGCUGGAGUUGAAAACACUAUAUUUUUUACUCUAUAUGAACAUUUAAUUAUCAUUUUUCACUUUGUUUUAGAGUUAUAGUGCUAUUGUAUUUUAAGUGCAAACAUAACCCAUAUAGACAUAACACCAACACAUACGGACACACAGACGAAAACUACAGUUGCAAACUGGAGCAUGUAGCAAGUAAUACACCUCCCUGGGCUACCAAAAAAACAAAAAAAAAGAACAAGGAGAACAAGCUGUAAAGAUAUUCUAUGUAAUGUGUAUAUUUUGAAUAUGGCAAAUCUCUUUGUGUAAUUAACAUAAAAGCUUUUAGCACUGCAGAAUUAAAUAUAUAUAAAUAUAUAUAGUUAUUUAUACACAGCAAAUAAAUCAAUGCAAAGGAAAAACUGCAGUGUGAAAAAUACAAAGCAAAAGAAAACCAGCACAAGUUUAUUACUAUUGUCAUUAUCAUCGUCAUUGUCAUCAUCAUCAUCAUCUAUUUGUUCCAUGUGUGGAAAAAGAUUCUUUUUUAAAUAGAGAAUAAUUUAUGUAAAUACAGUUCUCGCACUUUUUGAGUGUUAAAACAUCACUCAAAAUCCUUCAAGAAUUAUAUUGUUUUGCUUUGACUUUGCUCUUGAAAACACUAAAUGAAGUUUAAAACAAUGGCAAUAUCUCUAUACGUUUUGUCAGAUUGGAUAAUGGAAUCCCUCUUUAACAAAGGUUGUUUUUUUAAAAAAGCUGCAUUUAAAUCUAAUACUAAAUCAUAGUCUGAUGUUAACCAGAGGCCUCGUGGCGCAGUAGUUAGAAUGCAGUAUUGCAAACUAAUUCUGUCUACUGCAAGGAGUUCAGUCCUGACCAGCUCAAGGUUAACUCAGCCUUCCCAUCCAGUGGUGGGAUUCAAAUAAUUUAACAACCAGUUCUCUGCCCUAAUGAUUUCUUCCAACAACCAGUUCAGCAAACUGCUCAGAAAGUUAACAACCGGUUCUCCCGAAGUGGUGCGAACUGGCUGAAUCCCACCACUGCUUCCAUCCUUCUGAGGUCAGUAAAAUGAGGAGCCAGAUUGUUGGGGGCAAUAGAUUAACUCUGUGAAUGGCGCAGGGAGUGCCGUAAAGCACUACGAAGUGCUACGUAAGUCUUAAGUGCUAAUGCUAUUGCUAAGUUUCCUGUUCAUGUAUAAAGAGCACAUACCCCCUCCCCCUUUUCUUCCGCCAAUGUGAUUACAAACAGGAGAUUGGAAAAUGGCUAGUGUCAGUUAAUUAUUAUCAUCAUGCGAUAAAUCAAAAUUUAGUGGAACUAUGCCUGUCCAAAGAAGCUAACUUUAAUGUGAUUUGCAGUUAUGGCUUGUUCAGGUGAUAUGAAUAGAGAGGGAUGAUAUGCGUAACAUAACUAUAUUUUAAUAGAUAUGGAGUGAAGAUGUCUGAUUGUGAUUGCCCAUUACCAACAUUAGGCAAGAAUGAAAGUAAAUUAUGAAACAGCUGCAAUGCGUUAUUACUAAUCUACAUUUUGCCAUUGCUUGGUGUUCCAACGAGAUAAUUUAUGAACCCUUUUCAAAAUACAGGACAAUCUUUCAGACGAUGCUACUAGAAAGUCACUGCACUUUCUUGUAAAAAUGAUCAUCAAUCUUGAGAGUUUGCAGAGGGAUCUCCAUUUUUUUCCCCCUAAAGAAAACACUGGUGAUAAUUUUCAAGAUAACAUGAUGUGUCCAUUUUACUUGCAAUGCAAGUGUCGUCUUGUUUCUUUUAUGUCCCUGCUUCUUGGCCUUCACAAGAUUGAAAUGUUAUGAUCGUAAUGGCCACCAUUAAUCAUAUCCACAACUUUCUGGGAAAGAAGCAGCUUUUGAUUUCCCCCCCACCCCCAAGUCUGAGUGUGUGUGUGUGUGUGUGUAUGUGUGUAUCUUUCAAUAACUGCAGACUUAUAUAUAUGAAAAAUUAUAUUUGUCUCGGCAUUCUUUCACAUGCUUAUGCACACAAACCCAUUUCUUAAGCGUAAGGAGCAAGUGGGGAUCUAGAUUUUUUUCAUUUAUUUAAGAAAAAUAGUUCUUUUUCAUCCAGAAAUACAAGAGUUGUAAAGGAACAUAUUUUUUUUCUUAGAUUUUGAACUCCUUGGCAGGUGAACAAGAAAAGUGAAGUAUCUGUAUUUUAUACCUUUUUUAUAAGUUUUUUAAAAAGCAGAAAAGAAGCUUAUGAGCCUUUGAGACUGUGAUCCUAUAUAGGGGCAGUGACCCAAAGAAUAUAUUCCUGAGUGUGGAAAUAGAUGCAAAGUAAUUUCAAAGAAUUUUGACACGGAUUAAAAAAGGGUUAACCAGAGUUUUUGUGCCAACCAUGCUCCGCUUUUAUUGCCUUAUUCCAUAUAAAAAAGGAAUCCCUGCGGAUUUUAUUCCACUAGCCAUUGCCGACUGUAGGGGGAGGUGCAAAGUCCAUUUCAAGGACUGUUGAGCUAGCGCUGUCCAAAGAUGUUUCCACAGUCAUGUGGCCAGCAUGAAGUCACAGAGCGCUGUUGCCUUCCCCAACAAAGCGGUACUAUUUAUCUACUUGCAUUUGCAUGAUUUCAAACUGCUAGGUUGGCAGGAGUUAGGCAGGAGUUAGGGCAAAGACAGGAGUUUACCCUGUGAUGACAUGACACGCGGGUCUCAAACCUGGACUCUUGGCUUUCCAACCAACAAGCCCAGCAUCUUAACCCCUGAGCCAUUCCCCCACCUCCUAUUCCAUAUAUACAGGAAUAAUUGAUUCUCUCAACCUUCAAGUUGGGGGGAAAUGCCAUCCCCUAAGAAAUUGCUAAAAAAAAAAGAAAGAUUAAUUUCAAAGGUGUGGCUCUUUUCAAUGGUUACAGUAUGUGAGACGGUGGGUUUCAAAAAAAUUUACUACCGGUUCUCUGGGUGUGGCUGGUGGGUAUGGCAUGGCUUGGUGGGCGUGACAGGGGAAGGAUACUGUAAAGUCUCCAUUCCCACCCCACUCCAGGGGAAAGAUGCUGCAAAAUCCCAUUUCCUCCAGAUCAGCUGGGACUUGGGAGGCAGAGAAUAGAUGGAGGUGGAGCCAGUUCAGUUUUUACUAAUGGUUCUCCAAACUACUCAAAAUUUCCACUACCGGUUCUCCAGAACUGAUCAGAACCUGCUGAAACCCACCUCUGGUACCACGUCACCAAAGUGUAAUUUCUCACACUCUGGUUCUUAACUCUGGUUUCAGAAGAGCAGAUACCUGUGCCUAAUGGCAUAACAGGGAUUCCCUUUGGGUAGAAUCACUUUGCGCCCAACACAAGCAUUGUUAUCCCUAAGCCAGGCAUGUUUUGUGGGUGGGGAAUAUGCUUUCCCCAUCUUUCAUUUGCUUGUUACAAUCUAUUUUAAUGUUACCUGCUUGAAUUCUUCAGGAUAGGGAGGAGGCAGAUCUGAAGCCUAUUUUAAUAAAUGUCUUGCUUCCUGCUGUACAAAAAGUCCUGAACAAAGUCCUUGACUUUAUAAAUUAUUACCUCUUCUGGAUAUAAAAAGAAGAAGGAAAAUUGAUAUAAUUUUUUUAAAAGAUCAGAAUGUUGAGGAGUCAUCAUAGUCAGUUGUAACCGGUGUGAUUUAAUGAUAUGUUGUUGCAGCGUACCUUAAUACUAAUGAAUUUUUCACCGGAAAAAGAAAAAAAAAAGUGCUGCCUUCCUUUGAUUUUUUUUUUUCAUUUAUGUCUUUGGGUUUUAUUUGUCACAUUUGUGUUGUACCUUUCCCCAAAGAAGCCUUGUUUUAUCCUUACAUCCUUGCAGUGACCUCGCAAGGGGAAGUUAGCCUGAACCGUCUGUAUGGUUGCUAAGCAUUGCAUUUGGGCUUGCAGUCCAGUCUCACAAGUCAUUUGUUCAGUGCAGUGAAUAUUGUCGUCUUCCCUGACUCAGAUAGGAAGCUUCAGCUCACAGCUCUUAGUGAUGAGCUAUAUACAGGCAAGAGCCUGUCUACUGGUUUAUUUAAAUAGUGUUUUCGGUCAUUAAGGUUUUCAGGUGAGUUGUACUUAUUUCUGCCUAUAGCCCCCAUUCCUGGUUGAAUACAUGGCCUUUGUUACAAUAAAGCCUGUUAACUUUAUCUACAUGAAUGGUUUCAACCACAUUCCUAUCUUCUUCUUCAUGAAGUCUACCUUUUGAGUUGGGAGAACUG